ACUGACCGUCGUAACCAAUAGGAGGUCGACUCUCCGGCAAUAUUUCACCUAAGGUCCGCCUCCCAUUCGCCGCUCUUGCGAAGAGAAUACGCCCGAUACGGAGUGAUUGUGGAUGUCAAACAGAUUAACCAGUUCUGCUACGGGUUCCUGUGCAUUUCUGCGCUUUCGGUUUUAUUUUUUUCCCCCCACACAAACAAACACAGUGUGUGACAGGCAUGGCCAUGUCGUACCUCGCCCCCGUUCUCCUGCUGAGUGUAAUAUGGCUCGGAGGGUCUCCUGUCGCGGGCAGCGAUGUGCUGGAGCUGUCGGACUCCGACUUCGAUUACACAGCGGCGGAGCACGAAAGCAUGCUGGUGGAGUUCUUCGCCCCAUGGUGCGGGCACUGUCAAAAGCUAGCUCCCGAGUAUGAAAGUGCUGCUACAAAACUGAAGGGGGUCGUGCCCUUAGCCAAGGUGGACUGCACCGCAAACUCGGAGACGUGCGGGCGCUUCGGCGUCAAUGGGUACCCCACGCUCAAAAUCUUCAGGAACGGGGAGGACGCGGCUUCCUACGAUGGUCCUCGGUCUGCAGACGGCAUCGUCAGCUACAUGAAGAAGCAGGCGGGCCCCAGCUCUGUGCCCCUGCACAGUGAAGAAGACCUCAGCUCCUUCAUCAACAACUUUGACGCCAGCGUAGUGGGCUUCUUCUCGGGAGGAGACAGCGAGCAGCUGGCGGAGUUCCAGAAGGCAGCGAGCUCCAUGAGGGACAGCUUCCGCUUCUCACACACAACCGACCUCGCCCUGGGCAUCGCCCACGGAGUGGAGUCUGAGAGUGUGCUGCUCUUCCGGCCCCCGCGGCUCAGCAGUAAGUUUGAGGAGAGCGUGGUGACGUUUGGGGAGGCCAUCUCCACGUCCACCCUGCGGCGGUUCAUCAGGGACAACAUCUUUGGGAUGUGCCCCCAUCUGACCAAUGAGAACAGAGAUAAGAUGAAGGGGCGGGACUUGCUGACCGCUUACUAUGACGUGGACUACGUGCGCAACCCCAAGGGCUCCAACUAUUGGAGGAACAGGGUGAUGAAGGUGGGGACGCAGUUCCAGACGCAGGGCCUGAGCUACGCGGUGGCCGAUCGGACCGAGUUCCAGGAGGACCUGGAGGAGGAGUUUGGGCUGGGCCUGUCGGACGGGACAGACCUCCCUCUCGUCACCAUCCGCACGCGGGAGGGGCACAAGUACACCAUGAGGGAGGAGUUCACGCGAGACGGUAAGGCUCUGGAGAGGUUCCUGGAGGAUUAUUUUGCUGGCCGACUGAAGCGCUAUCUGAAGUCAGAGCCCGUUCCUGAGAGCAACAGCGGCCCGGUCAAGGUGGUGGUGGCGGAGACGUUCGAGGACAUCGUGAACGACCCGGAGAAGGACGUGCUGGUGGAGUUCUACGCGCCGUGGUGCGGGCACUGCAAGAGCCUGGAGCCCAAAUACAUCGAGCUGGGGGAGCAGCUGGCCGGCGAUCCCAACAUCGUCAUCGCUAAAAUGGACGCCACAGCCAAUGAUGUUCCCACCGGCUACGACGUGCAGGGCUUCCCCACCAUCUACUUCGCCCCCGCCGGGAAGAAGGACACGCCCAAACGAUACGAGGGUGCCCGUGAAGUAAAAGACUUCCUCAACUUCCUGAAGAAGGAGGCCACAAACAGCCCGAUUCUGAAUGGCGGCAGGGAGGACCUGUGAGGAGAAAGGGGCGGGACAAGGGCGGAGGAGAGGACAGGUGGAUGAUGGGAAAUGUAGUCCGUGGUUCUGAGACUGAGUAGGGGGGGUGGGGGGUUUGGCAGCCCAAUUACUACAGAAUCAGAGAACCCCCUCCCCCUCACCAUAUCACCAACACCAAACAUCCUGGACACACAAAUUCUCGUUCCUGACCUCCGUUUGGUGUGUACGAAGAUCCAGACAGUGCUCCCUCUCCAGGUCCAGCAACACUCACCCUUAAUAGGAGGGAGAGAGAGAGAGAGAGAGAGAGAGAGAGAUAUAGUGAGAGUGAGAGUGAGAGAGAGAGAGAGAGAGAAUAACGGUGUCUUGGAUGUCUCAGCCUCAAGACUACAAUACAUUAGUUUCUAACCGCCCAAAAUGGAACCUGUUUCUUUUAAACUUGCUUGCUCGUUGGAGGUAAGAAGAAUGGCAAUCAAGAGCAUGGUACCAACAGACGGGCUUGCAAACUGCUGUCUCUAUUAUCCAGGCUGACUGCAAAUGUAAUUACCUUUAUUCAUCAAUUGUUAGGCUUACAAAGAAAAGCACUUCUCCCUUAAUUAAUAAUGAUUUAGCUCUUUAUUUGUUAACCCCCCCCCCCCCCCAGGGUACUGAAGAUCUGUUUUAUAUAGUUGACCGGUAAUGAGGAUGAAAUAUGAAAAUAUGCAAACUAUUAUCAUGACUAAUUAUUGGCUAUUGAGAUUUUUUUUUUAAUUCAAAUUGCUUGCUUGGUGUCCUGUGACAAACCCACAUUAGUCUUGGCUUCUCCCAGCUCAGAGGUUGACUUGGCAUUGCCUGUAACACUAUGGAGGAGCUCCACAAUUAGAGCCUCGGUUUCUGUUCAUCUGUUCCUGUACACACACAGGCUGGACCUCUCUGAAGAACGAGACUUUAAACAAAGAAACAAGGUCAACUCUGAAAUGGCUUCAGACUCUUUUCAAACUGAAAACUUUUUACUUUUUUGUUUUUGCUUAUUUAACAUGUAUGCUGUUGUUUUUCUACUUAUUCACAUACAAGAGAGGUGUGCAGUGGAGAGAUGGUGAGAAGCAAAAACAAACGAAGACGUUGUGGAGAUGACCUGCUGUGGCUUCAGUCUAGUCACCUUCCCUCCUCCCUUCCCUCCCUCUCUCCCUCCCUCACACACGGUCUCUCCCCAUCUCCCUGCCUCUCUCGCAUUUUCCCUCCCUCCCUCUCUCACACACUGUAUCUCCUUCUCUUUCUCCCUCCCUCUCUCUUAUACUUUCUUUCCCUCUCUCUUUCCCUCCCUCUCUCUCACACUUUCGCUCUCUCUCUCGCUCCCUCUGUCCCUGUGCUAAUCCUUCACACCACUUCCCUGGCUUGUUUAAAUAUUGACCUGUCCCUCUCCCCCUCCCUCCUCCCAGACAUAACCACCAUUUUCUGCGCACCAGGCCCCCCGAGUAGGCAGCUAUUAAGAGUGGAGCCAUUUUUCAGCCGAGUUAUUUUUCCCUUCCUUUUUUAAGAAAGAUGGUAGCACUAAAAAAAGGUGGUAGCACUGAUAUCAGGUCAAAAUGUUUUUUGGGUGAAUUUUUACGGACUGCAGCUCCACUGGAAGCAAAGACUCUUCCCCUCUUUCGACUACGCAGUUGGUGCACUAAAUAUUUUCUGAUCGCUAUGUUGUUGUUGUGGUUUAUUUUUAUUUUCUAUUAUGGAGCACGCAUUCAGUCUGUACGACAGUUCUGAUUGGACAGUGCCUCGCAAGAUACUGUUCUAUAUACCUCGCUUCCUUUGCAAACCAGGGCUUUUUGGAUCAUGCAUGCACAACCACUACUCCCACUUUUUGGGCAAUCAGAUAAGGACAUUUUUAAUGCCAACUAUGUGUAUGUCUAGAAAGAUUAACAAUGAGUGUUUUUUUGUCUCCAGGACUUUUAGGAAGGUAUACAUUAAUAUAAAUGGAUUAUAUUUAUGUAGUCAACAUUUUUUGUUGUGUAGAAUGCCUGCGCUGUUUCUUUCUAAAGUUGUUGGCCUUACACACUUAAUUUGCAUUGCGUAAUGUAUGGCAUUUUGUUUCAAAAAUGAGGAAAGUAUACCUGCACUUGUUUUCAGUGUUUUUUUUUCCCUCUUUUUUUUUUUUGUUCAGUAUGGGGUUGCCUGUUCUAUCAUUUGGUGUUUUAUUUCCAUCAAGGGACAUGAUGAAACAAAUAAAAUGAACAAGAGUACUUUGAUAA